AUGAAUGUGGUCAUCUUAAAAAGCCAAAAAACCGAUGGCAUGCAACUGAGUUUGCUACUCAAUACGAUCCCUAUCUUGAUCGCAACCCUCAUCAUUCUUGUUGUUGGAAGUUCUGUGAAUAUGGGUACUGUUGUGAACGCAGCUAUCUCAACUGCUUGUGUUGUGCUCUACUUCUGUUGCUUUGUCAUGGGAUUUGGGCCAAUUCCCAACAUACUCUGUGCAGAGAUAUUUCCCACCCGAGUUCGAGGCCUCUGCAUUGCCAUCUGUGCCCUCGCAUUUUGGAUCAGUGAUAUCGUUGUUACUUAUACACUCCCUGUGAUGCUCACAUCGGUUGGCCUUGCUGGAGUCUUUGGCAUGUAUGCUGUUGUGUGUGUUAUAUCAUGGAUUUUUGUCUUCUUGAAGGUUCCGGAAACCAAGGGCAUGCCCCUUGAAGUGAUUACUGAGUUCUUUUCUGUUGGUGCAAAGCAGGCAGCAGCUGCUGCCAAGAACAACUAA